AUGACUGGCUGUCGACCAUCAGAUUUUCCUAUGGAACAACACCUUCGUCUAUGGCCCAAUGAUGGAAGCCCUCUUCCUGAUCCGACACUCUAUCGUCGCCUCAUUGGUCGUCUAUUAUAUCUCACAGUGACACGACCUGAUAUUCAAUAUGUUGUUAACAUUCUCAGUCAAUUAAUGCAAUCUCCGCGUACCUCUCAUAUGGAUGCAGUCACACGCGUUCUUCAAUAUCUUCAAAGAAGUGUUGGCAAAUGCUUAUUUCUCUCAGCAGCUAGCUCUAUUAAUUUAGUUGGAUAUGCAGACUCUGAUUGGGUCGGUUGUCCUACAACUCGUUGA